AUACCUGCAGUGGUAAAACACGAUUCAGUCUUGCAUUGAAGAAAGUGAGGUUGAGCAGCGAGGGAGCGAGAGGGAGCAUGGCGUCCGAGGAUGAGGAGGUGGGGUGGGUGCUGGAUGGCAUUGUCAACCUUCUAAGGGGCCCUGUGUGGAGCGUCCCUAUCCUCACCUUUAUUGAGCACAAGUCUGUCACAUUCGAACCAGGACCGGAAGAUGGAGAGAUGGUGGAAGAGGGAAAAGAGGCACUGGAGGAUGGCGAGAGAGGGGAAGACCACAAAGCAUUACAUCAAGAAUACAAGACUUUAGUGGACUACCUGCUCAAGUCUUUCAUGGAUGACCUGCAAGUGACGCCUGACCAGUUGGAGAAGGCGUGUGGGAUGGCUGCCAUAUCCACGCCCUUCCAUAAAAGUCUAUUUGAACAAGUGUGGGCAGCUGACGACUACAACACGUUCUGCACUAUGAUGACCCAGAAGAACAUAGAGCUCCAGCUGCAGGCCUUGGAGAUGCUGCAGUUCAAGUAUGGCAUUGUUCCGGAGAGCUACAAGAAGGGGGAGGAAGGGGAGCAGGAGGAGGAUGACCCAGAGAAGAAGGAGAGAGAGUUACUGGAGGAGGUUUACAGAGUCUCGAGGGAGGAGCACGACAUGAUGAAGCAAGCCAUGGACAAGGAAAGCCGUGACCUGGAGGAAGCCAUAGCGAGGUCAACCCAGGAUAAGGUCAAGUUAGGUCAGGUGAUCAAGUUGCCGCUGCAGGAGGAGGCGAAGGUGGUGGUGAAGGAGGCGAAGAAGGAGGUAAAGAGGAAGGAGGAGUUUUCGAAGGCUACUGUUUUGCCUCCUAUUGCAAGUAAGGGCACCAUUGACCCAGAGGACCUGAAGAAGAGGCAGGAAUAUCUCAAGGCUCAAAGGGACAAGCUGCUCCACAUGAAACAGCAGCAAAGAGAGAAGCAGCUACAGGAUUUUGAGGAGGAGAGCAAGAGACCACAGUCCGCCUCAGCUGCAAGGAAGGCCCUGCACGGCUCCCAGAUUGACCCCAAGACCCUGGCUGUGCGGCGCGCCCUAGCCCAGCGCCUGAAGGCAGAGGUGAUAAGGGACGUGUGAGCCAUAAACAGAGA